AUGAUAUAUUUGUUUAAUCCAUCAACUGGUCUUUGGAUUAGUUACAAUGAUUUAGAAAUAAUCAAUUUAAAGAAUAAUUAUAUCAAACAAAAUCGAUUAGGUAGAGCAUUUUUUUGGAAUUUUUUGUUAGAUCGACAAGAUGAAUUUAUCCGUGCAACAUUUAACUCAUUGUAUCAAGAUAUUCAUUCAUCAACAGCAAAUUGUUCAUUAUUAAUUUCUACUUCAAUCAAUUUGUGGAUAGUACAAAAUCAAUAUAAAGUUAAUCAACGUGUAAUGUACCAAAAUAAAAGUUAUCGUUGUAUUAAAACUCAUCAAUCAACACUCAAAGAAACAUCAGAUGUCUAUAGUUCAUUGUGGCAACUUGAGACUACAACAAUAAUAAUAACCACAAUGAAAAAAAUGAAUGAAUUUACUUAA